AUGGAUGCUUACUUUGCUGCAUUCCCUAACGACUUUGAUACAUUGGGCGAAGUUUUUGUAAAAACAUACUACGAACAACUGCAACUUAACCGAAAUAAUGUGGAUAUGGCUUUAAUGACUUACGAAGGUACCAAAAUCCAGGGGAAACAGGCUAUUGCAAAACAUUUUCAAGGUCUUUGCUGGACUACGAUUGCCGUAAAUGUUAGUACUUGUGAUUGUCAACCUGUUGAUAAUGGCUACCUUGUGUUUGUUAACGGUCAGCUGAAGGUCGACAAUGGAGAACAGGCCUUGCCUUUUUCGGAAUUUUUCCUACUCAAGAAGGUUGGAGAUAGAGUUGUCAUCCUCCACUCCAUGUUUCGGCUGCAUUUCCACAACUUCUAG